AUGCAUGCUAAAGCCAGCACAAUAUGCUUCACAGUGGUGAUCUUCGUUUUGGUAACAGUUUGUAGUGGACGAUCUAUUAAAGAUGAUUUAACACCAACAAAUCUUCAUAGAAGACGAACAGGUUCGAUCUCUCAAACAAAAAAUCAAGCCGAUCAACACCAUAAUACAGCUGACAAACGUGAUCAGUUUCAAGACUAUUUCAACAGUCCUCAAGGUCAAGCUCUUCUAAGUGCUAAACGUAAUGAAGUUGAUGACUAUAUCAGCAGUCCUCAAGGUCAAGCAGUUUUAAGUGAUCCUAAUGUUCAAGCACUUUUCGCUCAAUACAAAGGUGCUAAACGUAAUGAAGUUGAUGACUAUAUCAGCAGUCCUCAAGGUCAAGCUCUUUUAAGUGAUCCUACCGUUCAAGCAUAUUUAGCUCGACUUAAAGGUGGUAAACGUGCCAUGAUUCAUUGA